GCUGUUCCAGGCGGAAAGGGAGCAGAGCAAGGGGGGAGAAAGGGAGUUGCGAACGUAGUGAGAGCAACUAUCGACAGGCAGGUGGAGCGCAGCCUUGUCUAUUUGUUUACCUUCCCUCCUUAUCAUAAUACCCUCAAAGAAAGUGACGAAGGGACCUCCAACAUGGGCUGCUUUCAUUCGAAGAAAUCCAAAAGGAAAUCCGAAAAGGAGUCAUCUACGACCACGGCGAGCAUACCCAACGCCGAAGAGACGCCGAAACAGUACAGCUGGGACAAACGCGAGAAGGUCGAUCCCAAGGACUACACGCUGGCCGGUCUCAGGGACGACACAGCAGGGCGCCUCCCCGGCAAGCUGAACGGCCAGCAGUUUGUGAUCCAGGACUGCGAGAACUGCAACAUCUAUAUCUUCGACCACUCCGCCACCGUCACCAUCGACGACUGCACAAACUGCAGGAUAGUGCUGGGGCCGGUCAAGGGCAGCGUGUUCUUCCGGAACUGCCGGGACUGCAAGUGCGUGGUGGCCUGCCAGCAGUUCCGCACCCGGGACUGCAAGAAGAUGGAUGUCUUCCUGUGCUGCGCCACCCAGCCCAUCAUCGAGUCCUCCACCGGCAUGAAGUUCGGCUGCUUCCAGUACUACUACCCGGAGCUCGCCUUCCACUUCAAGGACGCCGGCCUGAGCAUCUUCAACAACAACUGGAGCACCGUCCACGACUUCACGCCCGUCGCCGGGGAGACCAACUGGGGCCUGCUGCCCGAGGACGCGGGCGUGGAGGCCUACGUGCCGGCGCCCGACACCGACGAGUUCAAGUCCGUCAGGGUGGCCGCCUCCGCCGGCCGGAGCAUCGUGCCCGUCACCCGCGGCCAGCGGCGCAAGGGCAGCGAGGAGUCCUGCCUCUUCGUGUUUUUCGCGGGCGAUUACACGACGGCCAACGCCCGGAAGCUCAUCGACGAGGCAGUAGGGAAAGGCUUUGCACUGAUUCAAACGAAGGAAGUCUCAAUGCGCCCAGAGGAUGCCAGCAGAGUUUUUCAGCAGAAUGCGGAAGAGUUCAGUGAACUUAUAACAAAAGGCCCUGUGGUGGCGCUGGAGUUCAAUGGAGAAGGUGUUGUGGAGGCAUGUCGCCAGGUUGCAAAUGAAGUCUUCAGUGGCACCAAGGUGUUCGUUUCUGAAAGCAAGAACUCGUCUUCAAGAGAUGUAGACAAUUUCUUCAACUUUGCAGACAUGCAGAUGGGAAUGUGAAGACUACGAAUCAUUGCAGGCCUCGGGUGUAUUUUUUUUUUUUAAAGUAUCACCUUUUCUAAAACUGGCAGUAUUGUGGUUUUAAUCAGUCUGCGACCAUGUAAAAUUUUCUAGGUUGGUGACAGAUUUUUAUUCGGAAAUAACCAAAGCCGCACAUAUUAUAACAAUGUAGAUUAACAUUAGCUCUUCUUAAAGAGUUAACAUUCUAUUAUUGACAUCUGUAUGUGCAGUAAUAUUGACAUGUCUGUUUUGUCUAGCCCUUUCUAUUUUAUACUUGUAAUUGUUGGACCAAAUUAGGGAUGUAUCUCAAAAUGAACAAAAUUCUUCACGUGGAUACAGUAAUUAAGGUAAAUUCAAACAAAAUGUAUGUAAAUUGCUACAUUGUGGAUAGAAAUGUAUUGGUGACAACACAAUUUAUCGCUUUUUAAUAUUUGCUUACUCAAAUUAUUUAUUAUUGUUGAAAUGUGUUUUGCAAAUGACAUGUUUAGUGCACUGGUAGUUGCAUAUUUUUGAGACAAGACAAUUUUCGUCUAAUCAUCUACAGUACUUUUUGGCUUUUGGAUUUCAUACAACAUUUGUAUAGUUAUGUUUGUGUAAAUAUUUUUGUGAAAAACCUGGAUUUUAUUUUAAGUUUCAACAUUUUGUCUGUGAGAUACUGCUGGUUAUUAAUGAUUUCAUCUUAAAUUCCCCUUAAAAAGGGGGAAGAUUGUGAUGCCUGUAACAGGUUUUUUGUCAGAUCUCAAGUGAAUACAGUGUGAGAAGGAUGCUUUUUUGUCAUAAUCAUGUUUUCCAGUACAUAUUUUUUUCCAAUGUCUUAAUUUUUUAAUAUCGCUGAUUAGUACUUUUUUCACAAAUACAAGUACAGAAUGUACAUUACACUAACAUGUAAAAUAUUUAAUUUAUACUUAAAUGAAUGUCUUGCAUCCAUCUCGCAAAAGCCUAUUAAGUUUAAAAUGCUGUUUUAGUGAACUUCUCUGUAUCAUAGUGAUGUACUCGGCAGUUUUGAAAGGAAAAUUAUUAUUCGACUGAAAGGGCUAAAAGUUUUCUUUUUUUAAAAAAAAUAUAUGAAAAGCGUGUGGCUCAUUUUUGUGACCAGGUAGAGCUGUAAACUUAAUUUAAAAAAAAAAGUUUUUGUACAACUAAAUGUUACAUAUUUGUAUACAUAAUUUUAUAGUAUUAAAUGUCAAAUGUGAUUAUAACAA